ACUCUCUUUCCCCAGGCGCUGAAACGGGGAACCAUGGAACUGUAUUUCGGUGAAUAUCAACACGUGCAACAGGAAUAUGGUGUCCAUCUGAGGCUGGCCAGUGACGAAACCAGAAAAUCCAGGAAUCUCCAGCAAGGGAAGGCAGGCUCCUAUGGCGUCAGCAUUAGGGUGCAAGGAAUCGAUGGCCAUCCCUACAUCGUCCUGAAUAACACAGAACGGUGCCUGGCAGGCACCUCUCUUUCUGAAAAUGGGCUAUCGUUCGCACCGCCGAUGAUCAAUAACCCGCCACCGCAUGCCAGCAACGGGCCUGGGCUCCAGGAGGAGGAGGAGGACGACGACGAGGACGCGCAGCUCCCAGAAAACCCCUAUGCCCCGCGCAGUGCACCGAAGACCCCCAAACAAGCCACUCAGCUUGAGGGCAAGAAUGGGGUUCUGGAACACGGGCCCACGAGGCCUGCGCCCGCGCUCAAUUUUCAGAGGCCCCCAGAGCGUUUGCCGCCCUACGACCCCGAGAGGAGCGAGCUGAACCCACAAAACCACCGACCUCCCGAGAGCACUUGGUUCAAAACUUUCACCCCAGAGGCGACCAAGGACAAGAAGCCGGGGGCUUCCUUCCCCAAACCGACCCACGUCCAGCCUCCUUCCGGGAGCCCUCCCUUGGAGGAGCCAGCGGAGACACCCAGCGUGACAGCCAUCCCCCUGUGCGCCUCCGUGAUGGUAGACGGCUCCCGGAAGCACAUCGACGACCCCCGGAAGCACAUGGAUGACCCCCGGAAGCACAUGGAUGACCCCCGGAAGCACGCGUCGCUGUGCGUCAACGUGCGCAGCCGCGCCAGGGACGGGGCCGCGGAGGAGGCGCCCUCGCCCAGCUCGAGGCUGCUAGCCGCGCACGGGCCCCACGCGCACCCCGAGGCCAGGAAACCCCGGCCCGAUGUCCUCCCCUUCCGGCGACAAGACUCCGCGGGGCCCGCGCCGGACGACGCCGGGUCCCGCCGGUCCUCGUCCUCCUGCCCGACCCCCACCUCGGCCAACGCCCUGUACAAGUUUUUACUCGAUGACCAGGCAGGCGCCCUCCGCGCGGACAGCGUGAAUCGCCACGAGAACCGAAGGUACAUCCCCUUCCUGCCGGGCACCGGCCGGGACAUCGACACGGGCUCCAUUCCCGGGGUGGACGAGCUGAUCGAAAAGUUUGACGGAAAGCCGGGCCUUCCGAGGAGAGGCCGGGCUGGGAAGCGGAACCGGAUCCACCCGGAAGACCGGAAGCGGUCCCGCAGCGUGGACAGCGCCUUCCCGUUCGGCCUCCGGGGCAGCUCGGAGUACCUGAGCGAAUUCAGCCGCAACCUGGGCAAGUCCAGCGAGCACCUCCUGCGGCCUUCCCAGGUGUGCCCGCCCAAGGCGCAGGCGCAGGAGCACCGCGGGAAGCACGUCGGGGGCCGCACCUUUGCCAAGCUGCAGCAAGCGACCCGGGGCGCGCCGUGCGGGUCCCCCAAGUCGCCCCAGCAGAACCAAGAGCUGGGGAAGGCUCACGAAGACCAAGCGAGCCCGGGCAGCACAGCGCUGCCUGCCUCCCCGCUGCCCGCGCAGGGUACGAAGGAGGAGGAAGUUAAAACAGCUGCCGUGACAGUGAUGCUACAGAACCGGGCGGCAGCAAAUUCGCCGGAUUCUGGUGCCAAGAAAAUAUCAGUGAAGAGGUUUCCUUCCACCUCAGAUACUCAGGCCACACCAGAUCUGUUAAAAGGCCAGCAAGAGUUCACUCAACAGACCAACGAAGAGACUGCCAAGCAGAUACUGUACAAUUACCUCAAAGAAGGAAGCACCGAUAAUGAUGAUGCUACCAAAAGGAAGGUCAACCUGGUCUUUGAGAAAAUCCAGACGUUAAAGUCUCGAGCAGCCGGGAGUGGCGCAGGAAAUAACCAAGCUUCUAAUUCUUCAUCUGAAAUCAAAGACCUAUUGGAACAGAAAAGCAAGUUGACCAAAGAAGUGGCUGAACUUCAGCGACAGCUUCAACUAGAAGUCAAGAACCAACAGGCCAUCAAAGAGGAGAGAGAGCGAAUGGGAGCAGCGUUAGCAGCGCUGCAGAGCCAGCACGCACAGCAGGUGGAGGUGAACUCGGGGCUGCAGCAGCGGCUGGAGAAGAGCGAGGAGGAGCUCUGCAAAACCCUGGAGGAGUUGUUCCAGGUGAAGAUGGAACGAGAACAGCACCAGACCGAGAUCAGGGAUCUGCAGGACCAGCUCUCAGAGAUGCACGACGAGCUGGACAGCGCCAAGCAGUCCGAGGACGGGGAGAAGGGGGCUCUGAUUGAGGAACUCCUAGAGGCAAAACAGGAUCUGCAAGAUCUGCUGAUCGCCAAAGAAGAGCAAGAAGACCUCUUGAGAAGGCGGGAGCGGGAGCUCACUGCCCUGAAGGGGGCUCUGAAAGAGGAGGUGGCCAGCCACGACCAGGAGAUGGACAAGCUGAAGGAGCAAUACGACGCCGAGCUGCAGGCCUUGAGGGAGAGUGUUGAAGAGGCCACCAAGGGAUGGGUCUCGCCUGAUCACAUGUCCCGAGUAUGUACAUCCACGCAGAGUCAUUACUUAGUUAAGCAACUAUCCAUGGAGCGGUUCAUUCAUGCCAGCCCAGUGCUGGGCAGCAGGAGGACACUGGACAGAAGGAAUGUGGAGGUCCUCGCCAGUCGGAGCAGCCCCUCAGCGCACCAGCAGGUCGGGGCUGCAGUGCAGGAGGAGAACGAGAGGCUGCGGGCAAGAGUUGGGGAGCUGGAGCAGAGCGUCACCCAGCUUCAGAAGCAGCUCAGUGACCUGGAAGGCGAGGAAGCCAAAGCGAAGGAGACGCUCAGGAAGUGCGAGGGAGAAAGGCGGCAGUUAGAGGAGGCCCUCAUGCACUCCAGAAAGGAAGAAAAAGAAGCCUCCACAGCUCACAGGAGCCUGGCAGGUGACCUACAGGAUGCUCAGAGAACUCUGAGUCGGGUGACUCAGGAGCAGAAGCAGUUGUCUGAGAAGCUGAAAGACGAGAUUGAGCAGAAGGAGCAACUCAAGAGGAUGAAGAACGAGAUGGAGAAUGAGCGAUGGCACCUUGACAAGACCAUCGAGAAACUUCAGAAGGAGAUGGCCGACAUUGUUGAAGCAUCCCGCACGUCCACACUAGAGCUCCAGAACCAGCUGGACGAGUACAAGGAGAACAAUCGCAGGGAGCUGACAGAAAUGCAAAGGCAGUUGAAAGAGAAGACCCUGGAGGCCGAGAAGUCCCGGCUGACGGCCUUGAAAAUGCAGGAGGAGAUGCGCCUGCUGGAGGAGGCCUUGCGAGACCACCAGAGAGCCCAGGACGAAGCUGUCACGAAAAGGCAACUUCUGGAGCAGAUGCUGAAGGACCUGGAGUAUGAACUGGAGGCCAGGAGUCACCUCAAAGAUGACCGCGGCAGGCUGGUCAAGCAGAUGGAGGACAAAGUGUCUCAACUGGAAAUGGAAUUGGAAGAAGAAAGAAACAACUCGGAUUUGCUGUCUGACAGGAUCUCUCGGAGCAGAGAGCAGAUCGAGCAGAUGAGGAUCGAAUUGCUUCAGGAGAAAGCUGUGAGGCAAGACUUGGAAUGUGACAAGAUUUCCCUGGAGAGACAGAACAAGGACUUAAAGAGCCGGAUCAUCCACCUGGAAGGUUCCUACAGGUCCAGCAAAGAGGGGCUGGUGGCGCAGAUGGAGACGAGGAUCUCGGAGCUGGAGGACCGCCUGGAGAGCGAGGAGAGGGACCGGGCCAACCUCCAGCUCAGCAACCGGAGGCUGGAGCGGAAAGUGAAGGAGCUGGUGCUGCAGGUGGAUGACGAGCACCUGUCCCUGACCGACCAGAAGGACCAGCUGAGCCUGCGCCUGAAGGCCAUGAAGCGACAGGUGGAGGAGGCAGAGGAGGAAAUCGACCGGCUGGAAAGUUCUAAGAAGAAGCUGCAGAGGGAGCUGGAGGAGCAGAUGGAUGUGAAUGAGCAGCUGCAGGGGCAGCUCAAUUCCAUGAAGAAGGACCUGAGCAGACUUAAGAAGUUCCCGAGUAAAGUGCUGGAUGACAUGGAUGACGACGAUGACCUUAGCACCGAUGGGGGAAGCCUAUACGAGGCGCCUCUGAGCUACAACUUCCCCAAGGACUGCGCAGCCACCAGCCAGAUCUGAGCCCACUUCCCAUCCCUCCCUGGGACUCUGCACCCAGGCACCAGCAGGGGACAGGCUCUGAAUCCACUUCCAGUCCCUGACAGAGACUCUGCACCCAGGCACCAGCAGGGGACAGGCUCUGAGCCCACUUCCCGUCCCUGACAGGGACUCUGCACCCAGGCACCAGCAGGGGGCAGGCUCUGAAUCCACUUCCAGUCCCCAACAGGAGCGCUGCACUGAGGCACCAGCAGGGGGCAGGCUCAGGAGCCCUGCAGCCUUUUCACCUACUGUGCCCUUUCCGCAGUGGACAGCUCCUCUCUUCGGUGCAGAGCCCUGUGAAAGAACAUUAGGGCUGCUCCUGUGUCUUAGGUCAUUACUGCAUUUUAAAAUAUUGUAUGUCUGGGAGAUGGGAGCCCCACCACCCAAGGGGGUCUUUGGAGAAACAUGUUUUGAGUCGGGUGCCGCCUUCAUUCUGUACUGCUGUCUGCCUGACCUGCGCCUGCCGUGAUCCAUCCACCCCCUUCCAAGAAAAGAGAUUGCUUGUCAUUAUGUCUUAGCCACCGUGCAGUGGCAGGGCGGGGAUGCUAUAAAGGUUGUAAAUAUUUUAAACAGUCCGUUCAUGGCCUGCUGCUGCUCCAUUUUGGAAUGUUACUGAGGCUUAGCAUUAGCAUGGUUUGUAAGCCUCACACCUCUAUACUGAGUAUUAUUAAAUAGGAAACUGCUAGUUUUCAAGUGUUAGGAGCCCGAGGGGAGACGGAGAGGGAAAGUAGAAUGAAGGCCACACAGAGUUCAGAACCAGCCAACCAGACCCAUCUUGGUGACGCUGGACAAUGGCAUCGAUAGAGAUGCCAGUGGCCUCGAUCAGCAGCCUGCUGUCAGAGGCUGAGCAAGUUGGAGGUCCCUUGCUCUGCCUCCUGGGUGCUGAUGAUAGCUGGAGCUUGGCCAUCGUUUCUGAACCAUGCUGAAGUCCUUUCUGAUCACGGGUUGCCAUUUCUUUUGUGCAAGUUGGGUGGAGGGCCUUGGGGGGUUUAAACAGAUGGUGUCAUUUCUGGAAGGAGGGAGCUCUAUUGUCAUUUCAUAUGGUCCUUUCUUCCCUCUGGCCUCUGCACUCGGCCCUGGGUGAGGUGGUCCUGGUGAGAGGUCAGUGAGGAGGAGAGUAGGGGGGCGGCUGGUAGGAAAUGAGGGAGAAGAAUGUGAGGAAGGGGUGGGAAGUAUCCAGUAAGGGCCAGGAGAGAAGGGGAGGGGGAAGUAGAAGAGCAGGUGUGUGACCACAUGGGGUUGGGUGUGAGAGGGAAGGUAAAAAGAAGUCUCGGAAGUUGGGGCGAUGUCUGGAACAGAGGUGGACUGAGCAGGAUCUCAGGUUUGUGUUGGGGGAGGUGGGUCUGUGCAAACUGAAAGGUACAAGGUGACUGGGAGUGAGUGGAGUUGGGGUGACUGCCCGGCUUGGGUAGAACUGCAGGGAAUGUGUGGCAUUAGGGGGAUACAGGGUACCACAGAACAUCCUCAUAUCUACCUGGUCUCACCUGGACCUGUGGUAGGCCUGGGACUGGCUGCUCCAUGACCCAGGCACAGCUGCUGUCCCAGGGCAGGACACGAGGCUGGGAGCUGGAAGACCUCUGCACGUUGCAUGCACGUAUGUGGGUAGGAAUGGCAGUGCCGAACUGCGUCAGCAGUGCCCCAAGCCUCCUGAGAGACGGGGGCCUGUGGACCAGGGAGCUCUGGGAGUUACCACAGGGCCCACCCGACAGGAUUGAAUGACCAGCCCAGUGGCAGGCAGGUGUCUUUGCCCCCACAGAUGAGGUCCCUACAGCACGAGAGGCAAGCUUCUCUCCAUUUGCUGGAGUUGCUGUCACUCCUGUCACAGCAAGGAGGGUGGAGCGAUUUCUCCCUUUAGCCACUUCUUCACUCAGCAAAGAUAUGUUGAGCACCUGUUAUAGGUCAGACACUGUCCUUUGCCUUGAAAACCCAGCAGCGGAUGAAACAAGUAACAAUCCCUCUCAGCCUGGAUUGUGGGCGGGGAGGGGAGGCCAUGAUAGACACCUGUCCAAGCACAGACUGUGUGUCCCCGUAUCCAGCUGCUCCGACCUGCUGGCAGUGCAGAACCUGUGGUUGGCUCACUGGCUCACUGGGGUUCUUCCACUUCUAUGUUCCUUAUUUCCCUGCUGCUCCCGCCAUCGUUAGCUAUCAUCUGUACUGCUGCCCUGAAAUGGCUCCGCUCACUCCAGACUACGGGACUGAGAUGACAAAGGUGAGCAGGCCCAAGUUUUUCAGGGAUGUGUGUGUAUCUGUUAGUCUGUGAAAAUGGCUGCCCAGCAUUCGGACCAAUUCCUCCUGGCACCUGUGAGACUGCAAGAUCCACAGCUUCUCCUGCAGAGAACCACAGUCAGCGCCCUGCAGAUUUGCAUCACGUAAUUGGAGAAUCUGGUCACUGUGAGCUGCUGUGAAAUCCUGCUUCACAGUGACCUUGUGCCCAACGGAACAAAACACUGCUGGUCUUGUGACAACAUCCGUCUCCACAGUUGGUUGCACACCAGACCGUUGACUUAUGGGUUCUCAUUGGCUGACUUGGAAGAUGCUCGCCAGCUCUUCCUCCCGUUGAAAUAUGUUAGCAGGCGAGCAAUGCGAGCCCUCACUGAUAAGACAGUUCAUGGCUGUGCUGAGAUGCCUUGGCCGGAAUCGAACCAUAGUCUCCUGCAUGAGUGCACUGUUUUCAAUGUCAGUGUGCUAUCUAGGUUGUAGUGGAGCGGGGAGGGGCUACUUUCAAGUCCCUGUGCAUCUCCUUACCCUGAUGGCCUUGACAAAAUCUGGGAACAAAAAUCAUGGUUGGGGUCAAAGGUCCUUUCCAGCUCUCAUGCUGCCAUUAAAUUUUUUUUUAUCAUGUAUGUCUAUUUCUCCCCUGUUUAUUGCUGUAGGAACGAACUAACCCCACUCAACAGUUUGUAAUGAGCUAGCUUGAAAACAAACACAACUUUAUUUAAUAAAAACAACUACCUGGCCAAUGCAGGAGACCAUCACGUAACUGUUCUAACCCCCGUUCUUCACAGCGUCAUUCUGCCAACACCAGCCGGCCCAUCCUCUGGGGUCGGCUUUUCGGUGCCGGCAGUUGCUUUGGUUUAUCUCGGGCAGGCGACAUCCAGACUGCAGCUUCCGCGGUGCGUGCGAGCCCCUGUGUAAAGCGAGAUUGCUUUCCCAAUAAACAGUGCCACCGGACUGGAA